AACACAAGGUGACAGUCAGAGAGGAGCAAAGGGUGAAGAGCAGAAAGAUGACUGUGGGCCACCAUAAGCACUGUGAGCAGUGUCACAGUGUCCACUGUCAGGUUCCGGUGCAGAUCUCAGUCUCAUGCAUUAUCAUCAAGUGUCGUAAAAACUGUGGCGCCACCUUCCAUAUGUGCAAGCAAGAGGAGCACCAGCUUCUCUGUCCCAAUGAGAUGGUCCCCUGCAUCAAUGUCAACUAUGGCUGUCCUCUUACAAUGCUGCGCCACAGGCUGGCCAAACACCUGGAGGUCUGUCCCGCCAGUGUGGUCUGCUGCUCUCAAGAGUGGAACCGCUGGCCUGUUUCAGAAACUGAUCUGACCUUCUACAAAAAUGUUUCACAAAGCCCUGAAACUGAAGUAAACCUUGAUGUUGCUUUGGCUCUCAGGGACCAAGAGCUGCUGUUUCGAUCCAUCAAAAUGAAGAACAUUUUUCCUGAGUUAAUGUUGGAGGAUCCUGCCCUUCAGGAUGCUUCUACUGCAGUCAACAGUCCUACAGAGGAAGCAACCUGUUCUUUAGAUUGUGUUGAAUUUACAGAAAAUGGCUGCACAAGGAUGGAGGAAAGAGAACUGAGCCAAGAGGAGAGGGAUGCUUUGGCAAUGAGCAGAGACAUGGAUGGUAUUCAGAACUACAGCUCCUGGGAGAAAAUAUUCAACAAGGAGAUGGAGGGAUGCAAGCAAACUGUCAAAAACCUGAAUAAGAGGGGGGGGAAGGGAAAAGCAAAGGAAGAGCAAGAAUCAUCAAACUUUCAUGGUGAGAAAAGAAUCUCACACCCGAGCCAAGAGAAUGCUGCUGCUGCUCCAAGCAUUGGUGGUGCAACGGGCCUUGCACCAUGGCAAGACGGGGUCCUUGAGAGGUUGAGCAAAGAAUUCAACAUUGGUGAAUAUAACAUGUAUUUGGUGCACAAUGGGGCAAUGUUGAUUAACUUUGGCCAACUUGCUGCUUGCACCCCAAGAGAAAAGGAUUUUGUUUAUGGGAAGCUGGAGCCCAUUGAAGUUCAAACUGUCCGCACAUUUAAUGUUCCUACCAGCUAUCGAGCAAAGCAAAGUUAUCUGAAGGACCCUUCACAAAAGGUCAAGACCAGUGCCAGUGUCGACACUGCAGAUUUGGGUGUGUCAGUCGAGGAUCUUCCGAAGUGUGACGAGGUUAGUGCCACACUCCUGCUCUCUCUGGAAAAGGAACUGAAAGGACAUUUAAUCUCAGAAAGUGUGGGGAGAGAUGGUCUUUAUGUAGAUAUAGGAACACAAACGUACAACUUUGCCUCUGCUCCGUUUGAAAGAGAUGCAUCGCUUGCUGAUGUAAUCGCAGACAAACCUCAUGGGCUUCAUGUACAUGUCGAAGCCGAAUGUGUCACCAGAAGACACAACAGAAUCAGUUCAGCCUUCAGCUACAUGUGUGGCCACUUCUUUCGCCGUGAUGAAUGCCGCUCUCAUUUCAGGAAUGUGCACUCUGACAUACAGGCCUCUCUCAGCGGCUGGUUCCAACAGCGCUGUCCCUUAGCAUACCUCGGCUGUACUUUCACCAAGACAAGGUUUCACCCUGCAGGUCAUCAGGCUACAAUCAAAUAUUGUCAAGAUGUCAGCGCCUUUGUCCUCCAGCCAGAAGUGCCUUCACUGCUCUGUGAAGGAGGGAAAACCUCGAGCUCUCAGAGAAAUGGUGCACAUAAUCUCCUGAGCAGCCUGCCCCUGGAGAUCCUUCAGUACAUUGCUACUUACCUUGACAGUUUCACAUUAUCUCAGCUGUCCCAAGCCUCCCGUCUGAUGAGAGAAGUGUGUGUCGCAUUGUUGCAGGAGAGAGGGAUGGUCUCCCUCAAGUGGGAGAAAAAGACAUAUUCCCAUGGGGGAAGCUCCUGGAAAUGUCAAAAGAAAGUUUGGGAGUUCAGCUCUGUGUUUUCUUCUGUGGACAAAUGGAGCUUCAGCAACACUCCUUCCAUGUCAAAUCACCUGAAAACCUGCUCCUUCUACGAGAGAGAGGAACACACUGAGCCAGUGGCUUUAGCCUGCCUGGAAGAGGUCAGAGACAAACAUGGAGAAGUAAAGCAUAAAAGAUAAUGUUCAUAGUCCCAGAGCUCAGUGGGCGGACCACAACAAGAGCGAUGCCUCGUUUAGAAUCCAUC